CUUUUUCAGCCCCCUGGUCAAAGGGUCAAUAUUUAGAGCAUGGGAUUUGACCAGCGGGUGGGGAUCCUAACCUGAACUUGGACUGGAUCAGUACCUUUUUUGAGUUGGACAGUCCACACAAUGGUCACAGACACUGGAAUAUACAGAAACUCUUUGGAAAACUAUGUUUCCUGGGAUAAAGACUCCACCCGGAGCAACAACCGAGAUAAAUAGAGAGAGAGACUGGGAUCCAAGAAUCAGAGCAGAAGAUCCACCACAGCAGACAGCGCCCCCAGCAGGAGGAGCAGAAUGGACCGUACAAUAUACCUGAUACUUGUGACUUUCCUGGUGUCCUUCUGCUCUUCGGCCAUUCUACCAGAUGAGUAUUUGUCCCAUGUUAAUACUCAGGAAGGAUCUAGUGAUGAAGAGCUCCACCUGGAGGCCAGAGGGAGAUGUCCUGGAAGAAGGAAUCGGCGCCUGCCAACCUCUAUGAUAGUGGACACCAGUUUCAUUGACACCAGUUACCUGGAUAGUUUGGUGGAGAUGGAGGACGUUCACACCCGCUCUCUAUCCCCCUGGGACUACCGCCUCAACACAGAUCCCAACAGAUUCCCCUUUGUGAUCUCCGAGGCCGAUUGUGUCACUUUUGCUUGUGUAGACGCUGAUGGCAACGAGAAUCCAGACCUGAUCUCCUCCCCCGUCAAGCAGGAGAUGAUGGUCCUACGACGGGAGCAGAAAAGCUGCAGCUUCUCCUAUAGACUGGAGACUGUGGUGGUCACAGUGGGCUGCACAUGUGUCAGGCCUAUGGUCAGCUAUUACUGAAUAUGAGGAAAUAUAUAUGGAUUGACUUCUAUGUUUUUUGUGGAAUUUUUUCCUUUAUAUCUAAGCAAUAAAUAAGAAAAUAAACUUCUUCUCUAUACCAUCAUUAUUAUUUAUAUAGUGCCAAUAUAUUUUGAUGUAUUUUACAAUAUGUAGGUACAGACAAAAUCAGACAUUACACAGUAACAAACUAAUCAAUAAUUCACAUAUUAAGCUCAA